AUGGAUCCCGCCUCGGAGCCGAUACGCCAGGCGACGGUCUGCAGCCGGAGCGGCGCCCUCCUGCGCGAGGGCGCGUCCCUCGAGAGCGGCGUCGUGGGCAAGGCGAUCCACGGCCAGAAGUGCCUCGUCGGCGAGCUGCACGAGACGACGAGCAAGGGGCACGUCGUGCUGCGGCGCCGCGUGCUCUCGCCCGUCGAGGGCUUCGUGUCCGAGAAACUGCUCAAGUUCAGCCCGGCCGAGCGCGCGCGCGCCAAGGCGCGCGGGCGCCACGACGCCCCGCCGGACGUCGGCCGCGGCGCCGCGCUGAGCGACGGCUACGAGUCGCGGCUGCGCGAGAUCGCGCACCGCAAGCGGCGCGAGGCGCUCGUCGACCUGGAGCGGAAGCGCGAGCACGCCGUCGCCGCGGUCCGCGCGCAGGAGCGCGCGCUCCAGGACCUGUGGUCCGCCACGAUCCUCGACGACCAGCGUCGCGCCGCCGCGCGGGACCGGGACCGGCGCCAGCAGCAGCGGCGGCGCGCCGCGGAGCUCCGCGCGGCGCCGCGGACGCCGCGGGGCCGCGGCGCCGCGCGCGAGCCCCCGCGGCCGCCCGACUCCGCGCCGGCCGCGCGCGGCGCCGCGCCGCUCCGCACGCUCACGCCGACGGCGGAGCGCGCGCGCCGGUCCAAGUCCCUGCCGCCGGGCCGGCCGUCGACGCCCGCGCGGCCCGCCGAGGGGCCCGUCUCCGCGCGGCGCCGCGACCGCGAGCGGACCAACGGCCACGGCGACGUGCGCGCGCUCGACGACGCGACCUUCGACCGCUGCGUCGCGGACGACGCGACGUGGAUGGUCAACUUCUACGCGUCCUGGUGCGUCUACUGCACGCGGCUGGCCCCGGCGUGGCGAGAGCUCGCGGCCGCCGCGGGCCCCGCGGCCGCGCGCGGCGGCGCGGUCCGCGUCGGGGCCGUGGACGUCAUGGCGAACCCGAAGCUGGCGAAGCGCUUCGGGAUCCGCGGCUUCCCGACCAUCGUCCUCUUCCGCGGCGGGUCCAUGUACGAGUACGUCGGCGUGCGGUCGCCGGAGUCGCUCGUCGCCUUCGCGUGGGGCGGCUUCGAGGACCUCGCGAAGCCGCUCCCGGUGCCGCCGCCCGACGACGAGCCGGAGCAGCGGACGCCGCCGAAGGCGCCGAAGCCGUCGCCGAAGAAGAAGUCGCCGAAGAAGCGGGCGGACGCGCGCGAGCCCGAGCCCGAGCCCGAGCCGGAGGCGGCGGCCGCCGCCGUCGAGCCGCGGAGCCCGCAGCCCGCGGCGCCCGCGGCGCCCGCGGCGCCCGCGGGGCCGUCGAAGUGGUGGGUCGCGAGCCUGCUGCGGAAGCUCCAGGCCGCGGCGCGGGGCUUCGCGGCGCGCGCGCGCGCGGGCCGCGCCGCGGCCGAGCGGGCGGCCGCGCACCCCUGCGACGGCCACGCGCGGCGCGCGCCGCCGCGCGAGGACACGCGGACGCUCGUCGCGCACCUCGUCGAGCCCUUUGGCGACGACGGUGCGCGCGCGCGCGCGGUCUUCGCGUGGGUCGCGGACAACGUCGCCCACGAAACGCCGGCGCUCCUCGAGGAGGAGCACCCGGAGGCCGUGCUCCGCCGGGGCACGGCGGACGCCCUGGGCUACGCGAACGUGCUCAAGCACCUCCUCGACGUCGCGGGCAUCCCCUCCAUGGCGCUCCGGGGCCUGUGCAAGGACGCGCCGGCCGCGACGCUCGCGGCGCCCGCGAGGCACGCGUGGUCCGCGGUGCAGCUCGACGGCGACUGGCGGCUCUGCGACGCGUGCCUCGGCGCGGGGGUUCAGCGCGGCGGGUCCUGGGCGAAGCGCUUCGACGCGUACUGGUGGUCCGUGGACCCGGACAAGUUCCUCGCGAGCCACCUCCCGGACGCGCCGCUGCGCCACUGGCAGCUCGUGCCGCGGCCGCUCGUGGACCGCGCCGCCUGGGAGGACCUGCCGCGCGUGCACCACAGGGCAGGACAAGAGAGCGAAAUUCCCAACUUCAAAGCCUCAUAUCUCGGCCGUUUUCCACUCGUGCACCACGCCGCCGCGGACGCGCACGGCGUCGCGCUCGCGGCGCCGCUGGCCGCGCGCGUCGCGCACGGCGCGCCGGCGCCGUUCCGCGCGUCCUUCGACUGCCCGCCGGCCGUGGCCUUGAUCGCGCACGGCAGCUCGAGCGCUGGGAGCUCCGCGAGCUUGUUCGAGGAGCAGUUCAGCGUCACGAGGAAGUGGGCGUGGAGCAGCGAGUCCGGCAGGCUCGUCAGGUUGCAGUUCGACGUCUCCCAGAGCGUGAGCGACUUGAUCGUGCCGCCCGCGCCGCCGAGCUCGGGCGCCGCGUUGAGCGCGCGGUUCAUGUCCAACUUCAGCGUCUCGAGCUUGUUCAUCUUCUCGACGCUCGGCAGCAUGAUGAUGCCGUUCUGGUGGGCCUUGAUCUCGACCAUCUCCGUCCACUUGUCCGUGUUGGGCAGCGUCUUGAUCUUGUUGCCGCCGACGUUGAGCGCUCGCGCAGCACAAACGAUGAACUUCCUGCGGCGCGCCGCCGGCGCGGCGCCGGCGCCGGCGCUGAGCGAGACCGAGGAGAUCAUCGAGCGCAUCCUCAAGGCGCGCAACCACUUCGAGGUCAUGGAUAUUCCCGUCUGCCCCUGCGCGCCGGCCAUCGUCAAGAAGCUCUACCGGAAGUUGGCGCUCAAGGUGCACCCGGACAAGUGCUCGCACGCCGACGGCGAGCGCGCGUUCAAGCGGCUCAGCGAGGCGCACGAGGCGCUGAGCGACGAGCGCGCGCAGCGCGACGCGCUCGGCGCGGCGCGCGACGAGAAGAUGGCCCGCGACGCCGCGGGCGUGCGCCAGCGCAAGGCGGACAGCGAGGCCGCGCGCCGCGAGGCCGAGCGCGCCCGCGAGGCCGAGGCGGCGAAGCGCGCGUUCCAGCAGCGCCAGGACGACGAGAAGCGGCGGCGCGACAAGGCGGACGCGCGGGCCGCCAGGGCGGAGCGCGAGGAGCGGCGCAAGCGCGAGGCCGCGGAGGCCGAGGCGCGCGCGGCGCGCGAGCGAGACGCGCGCGAGCAGGCGGAGCGGGACGAGCGGCGGCGCGAGAAGAAGGCGCUGCAGCGCGCGAAGCGGCGGCUGCGCGCCGCGUUGGACGCGCUCGCGCCCGACGACGACGACGACGACGACGACGAGGGCUGCGCGCCGCCGCCCGUGUCGGCCGAGGACGUCGACGAGCUCUGCGCGCGGCUCGAGACGGCCGGGCUCGAGGAGGCGACGGCCUGGCUGCUGCGCGGCGACGACGGGUCCGCCGACGCGCUCCGGGACCUGGUGAAAAACACGCGCGCGGCGGCGGCGGCCGACGCGAAGCAGAAGGAGGACGAGGACGCGGCGCGGAGGGACGCGCGGCGCGCCGCGGCGGCCGCCGCGGCCGCGCGGCGGGCGCUCGACCUGCUCUGGGCGCCGCUGGAAGACGCGGCGCUGCUCCGGUCCGCGCGGAAGCUCGGCGCGCCCGCGCCGGAGACGCUGGCCAAGGCGAAGGGCCACGCGAAUCUGAACGCGAACUGGAACGCCGUCGCCGACCUCUACAACACGUCGCUCGCGAACGACAAGCGCGACCCGGACGCGCCGGACCACAAGCACCGGAGCGCCGACGAGUGCAAAGCCCGCUUCAAGGAGUUCGUCAAGGCCGCGUCCGCGAAGGCGCGGCCCGCGGCGCCCGCGCCGGCGGCGGACGCGGACGACCGCUGGUCCCUCGCGCAGCAGCGCGCGCUCGAGGCCGCGCUCGUCGAGUUCCCCGCCGGGGACUUCAAGGAGAACCCCAAGGACCGGUGGCGGGCCAUCGCGGGCGGCGUCGACGGCAAGACGGCCAAGCUCUGCUUGUUGAGGUACAAGGCCCUCGCCGCCGCCGUGAAGGCGAAGCAGGGGGCCUAA